AUGAAUCUAGCAACAAAAAUCUGCACACUGCUCAUCGUGACCUUAUCUUUUCUCUGGUUCGUGGAGGGUCUGACCUGUAAUGUCUGUGAUUUCUCAAAACAUUCAAGAUGUAAAAGUGGCCAAGGCAGAUGCAAUGCAAAACAUGGUCAGUCAUGUUCUACCAUAUCACAAUUUUAUGGAUCACGCCAUAUGUCCUCCAGGCAACUGUGUAUGACUCACUGCAAGGAAAGACAGGAUUACCACAAUAAGAUAUUAACUUACUAUAUGUACUGUAAUAAAAAUUUGUGUAAUAGUUUCUAG